CAUUCAUCCAGCCCAGCGGAGGACGCAGACCGGCUCCGGCUUCUUCUCGGGGUUUCCUCCUCUUUCAUGGAGUUAGAACAACAUUCAGACCCCCUUAGCGGGAUUAAAGAGCCCAAAGUGGAGUCCACAUGAAGUCCGGACCCCUGUUUUUAUUUAGUAGCUGGGUUACUCGUGUUCUAGGACCUGUGACCUGGGCUCCACCUGAGGAGGAAAGAUGAGAAGUUUUCUCUUCUUCACCUUGUGUUUCUCGGUGUGUCCGCUCAUGGUUGACGGACGGCAUCCAACCUGCAACUUCCUGUUGGAGGUGGAGCGAGACCAGGCGGAGUGUCUGAGGCGGCUGAGGGAGGAGGACGCUGCCGGCAACUAUAAAGAGUCGGGAUGCAAAGGAGCGUGGGACAACAUCGCAUGCUGGAAGCGAACUGCGAUCGGAGAGACCGUCACCAUCCCCUGUCCUCGAGUCCUCAAGACUGUAUUCGGCAGAAAUGGUAACAUCAGCAGGAACUGCACGUCGGCGGGGUGGUCGGACGUAUUCCCAAACAUCACCAGCGUGUGUGGGUCGGACACCAGCCACGACAAGCUGGUCUUCUACGUGGUCGUGCAGACGCUGUACACUCUGGGUCACAGUCUGUCUCUGAUCGCCCUCACCACAGGGAGCGCCAUCCUCUGUCUGUUCCGGAAGCUCCAUUGCACCAGGAACUACAUCCACCUCAACCUCUUCUUCUCCUUCAUCCUGAGAGCUGUGGCCGUGUUGGUGAAAGACGACGUUCUCUUCAACCGGACCUCGCAGUGCUCCAACCAGCCGUCCGUGGUGGGAUGCAAGGCCAGCCUGGUGUUUUUCCAGUACUUCAUCAUGGCCAACUUCUUCUGGCUGCUGGUGGAGGGCCUGUACCUCCACACGCUGCUGGUUGUCAUCUUCUCCGAGAACAGACACUUUAUCGUCUACAUGUUCAUCGGCUGGGGCAUCCCCACGGUAUUCGUCUCUGCGUGGGUGAUGACCAGGAUUUAUCUGGAGGACACGGGAUGCUGGGAGAGAAAUGACAACCCCACACCCAACUGGGUGAUCAACGGACCAAUCGUAUUCUCCAUCAUGGUGAACUUCAUCCUGUUCAUCAGCAUCAUUCGGAUCUUGAUUCAGAAGCUGAGGUGUCCUGACGUGGGUGGCAACGACCAAUCACAGUACAGGAGGUUGGCCAAGUCCACUCUCCUGCUGAUCCCCCUGUUUGGGAUCCACUACGUGGUCUUCGUUUCUCUCAGUGAAUCCAUCGCAGAGGAUUAUAAGAUAUUCUUUGACCUGGCCCUCGGAUCCUUUCAGGGUCUGGUGGUGGCCAUUCUCUACUGUUUUCUAAACAGUGAGGUUCAAGGCGAGCUGAAGAGAAAGUGGCGGAGUGUGUGUCUGAACUGUCGUCUGAGCCGAGAUCACCACUUCAGCAGCACCUUUACCUCCAGGAACUGUUCAGAGCACAUGGGACGGUUUCACCGCGACUCCCGGACCCAGUCCAUCCUGCAGUCCGAGACCACCGUGCUGUGAGGACCUGAGGGAUCCUCGGGAGAAAAGAACACACAGUCUCCAGGUUGACCUGGGUCGAAGACUGUAUAAGUGAAGUAUUUCAACACAAAGCUACGGCGGAAUACACACGGAUGGGACCUGCACACCGUUUCAGAGCAGACUUUGGUUUUAGCUUUACAAAUCUCUGCAAGCCUUCAAAAUGUACCUUAAGUGGACCUGAAGCGGUUCUGGUCCAUCCAUUGAGGGUGUGUUUGUGUUUGCUGCCAAGAAAGAACACUUUUUAUCCAGUGUUUGUUCGUUUUAUUAUAGAAUAAGUUAGAUCUUUACUGUCAUUGUUUUCAACAACGAAACACAGUUUAGCAGCUCUCGAUAUAAAAUACGGAAAUAUAUAAAAUGUAUAUAGUAAAAUAUAUAACAAUCAAGAUAAAUAAAUAAAUAAAUAUUAAAUAAAUGUGAAGAGAUGACAGUACAUACUAUAUGUAUAGACUGUAUUUACUAUGAGCCAAUAAAGAACGGGUCUAGUAGGUAAUUGUUGCAACAUCCACAGCCUCAUGUGGAUUCAGGUUUUCCUGAACCUGCGUGCAGGGAGGUUAGAACUGAACGCAGUUUGACUUGUGUAUGUUAGAUGAACAUAGUUAAACAUUUUAAAAUGUAUGAAAUGUGUAAGACAAACAGUGCCAUUCUUCUUCUCUUCGUGGUUAGCAGAGCAGUAGACGUCACAUUGAGGAAACAAGUUGCUACAGCAACGCAGCCGUGCCACGUCGGAGCCUUUACCUGGUAUCUGUGUGUGUGGUUGAUGGUAGUGUAAGAUGAAAGAUUAGCUACAAAGCAAUAUCUUGAACUAAUGUUGUGUUCGUGAGUUGUUAGCCCAGUCGAUUCAACAAAUGCUCCGAAACCGCUUGGGAUCAAGUGCCAAAGCACUGUAGUGGUCUUAUCAAAUAAUGGUCCAUGUCCAUCGGGAGAUAAAGGAGG